AUGUCUUGGAACUUCCCACCCCCAGGAACCAUGAUGCCCCACACCCUUGGGGAUAUCCAGUCAUCUGGACACAAAUGGGAUGGCAACAAGUUUAGGGAAUCAGUAACAUUCCAGGAUGUGGCUGUGGACUUCACCUUGGAGGAGUGGCACCACCUGGGCCCUGCUGAGAGGGAGCUGUACCGGGAGGUGAUGCUGGAGAACUAUGAGAACCUGGUCUGCCUGGGGCUCGUGAUUUCCAAACCAGAUGUGAUCAGCCAGUUGGAACAAGGCCAAGAACCCUGGAACCUCAAAGAAGAAGUCCUGAGUGACAGCGAUGCAGUACAACUUACUCAGCAUCAAAGGAUUCAUACUGGAGAGAAACCUUAUGAAUGUAAAGAAUGUGGGAAGACCUUCUACCAGAAAACAGUACUUACUCGACAUCAGAGGAUUCACUCUGGAGAGAAAAAUCAUGAGUGUAGUGAAUGUGGGAAGGUGUUCUGGGAUAGUGGACAACUAACUCAACACCAGAGAGUUCACAGUGGAGAGAAACCUUAUAGAUGUAAUGAAUGUGGAAAGGCCUUUCACCGGGGCACACAUCUUACUCAACACCAGAGAGUACACACUGGAGAGAAACCUUAUAAAUGUAAGGAAUGUGGGAAGGCCUUCUCCCAGAGCACACAACUCAUUCAACAUCAAAGGAUUCAUACUGGAGAGAAACCUUAUAAAUGUAAUGAAUGUGGGAAGGCUUUUCGCCAGAGUCCACAUCUUAUUCAACAUCAGAGAGUUCAUACUAGAGAGAAACCUCAUAAAUGUAAUGAAUGUGGGAAGGCUUUCUGUCGGAAAAAGGAGCUUACUCGCCAUGAAACUAUUCACAAUGCCAAUAAAAUCAUAUCGGUAUAAAUCUGUAUGAAGUUA